GCCUCCAAUAUGGCGUCCUCCAUUUAGGCAGGGGCCGUGGUUUCUACCCAGAUGGCCGGGGACGGUGCUGAGCCGAGGCUGUUGUGUAUCUAGCCCAUGCUGCAGAAAGCUGCAGUGAAAGUUCCUUUCUAUUCUCGGCUCCAGGAACCCACCCCGCUCUGAGGCGCUGCUUCUAACUAGUCCCUGCAAGUUCCUCCUCUGCCCCUGGUUUGUUCCCCGCGCCACCUCCGGACACCCCCAGGUCCCUGACACUGUCAGACUCAAACUAUGAGCCUUCGGCAGCGGCUGUUUCGCUUGCCCCGUUAUCUCGGGGCCUCGGGUUCCCCGCGUCGCCUGUGGUGGUCCCCGUCCCUCGACACCACCUCCUUGGUGGGCUCCUGGCGUGGUCAGUCUUCCAGGUCCCCAGCCCACUGGAACCAAGUGGUGUCAGAGGCAGAGAAGAUCGUGGGCUAUCCCACGUCCUUUAUGAGCCUCCGUUGCCUGCUGAGCGACGAACUCAGCAACAUCGCUAUGCAGGUGCGGAAGCUGGUGGGGACUCAGCACCCUCUGCUUACCACAGCCAGGGGGCUUGUGUACGACAGCCGGCAUAACCUGCAGUUGAGGGGCUUGGUGGUGCUACUUAUUUCUAAAGCAGCUGGGCCCAGCAGCAUGAAGGCUUCAUGUCAGAACUAUGACAUGGUCAGUGGGAUCUACUCGUGUCAAAGAAGUUUGGCAGAGAUCACAGAACUUAUCCAUACUGCUCUCCUUGUACAUCGUGGGAUAGUAAAUUUAAAUGAAUUGCAAUCUUCUGAUGGGCCACUGAAAGACAUGCAAUUUGGAAAUAAAAUAGCUAUCCUGAGUGGAGACUUUCUUCUAGCAAAUGCCUGCAAUGGACUAGCUCUGCUACAGAACACCAAGGUUGUGGAACUUCUAGCAAGUGCCCUUAUGGACUUGGUACAAGGAGUAUACCAUGAAAAUUCUACUUCAGCAAAGGAAAAUUAUAUCACAGAUGAUAUUGGAAUAUCGACUUGGAAGGAGCAGACUUUUCUCUCCCAUGGUGCCUUAUUAGCAAAGAGCUGCCAAGCUGCAAUGGAAUUAGCAAAGCAUGGUGCUGAGGUUCAGGAUAUGGCAUUUCAGUAUGGGAAGCACAUGGCCAUGAGUCAUAAGAUAAAUUCUGAUCUCCAGCCUUUUAUUAAAGAAAAGACCAGUGACUCCACAACUUUUCAUCUGAACUCAGCUCCCGUAGUCUUACAUCAGGAGUUUCUUGGAAGAGAUUUGUGGAUUAAGCAGAUCGGAGAGGCUCAAGAGAAAGGAAGAUUAGACUAUGCUAAGGCUUGGCCUCAAGGAGUGUUUGAGGUGCUGGAGGACAGCUGAGGAAAUGGAGAGCUAGUGCACUGAGCACACGCUGCAGGCGCUGGGCUGAUGGCCUGCCCACAGCACGGGGUCGCUGCCGGAGACGCUGCCAGAGCCGCCGUAUGAAAGUUUGAAAUCCUCCCCUCCUCGUUUCCUUAAAAAUCAGAUAAAACCAUUUAUUUUUCUUUUGGCAAUCACAUUUCAGACAAGUGUUUUUCCUUGCAGCAAUAAUGACUAUAUUUUGUUCAAUCUGCUUUUCAAAACGAUUAAUUUCCUAAAGUCAGAUUUUGCAACUUUGGCUUUGAUUCUAAAUCUCCUUCAAAAUACAAUUAUUAAUGAUGGAAAAAUAAUCACUGCUCAAUUUCCGUCUAUAAUAAAGCAGAGAGGCUUUUGUACCAUGUGAAACUUUUAACCAAAAAUAAAUUCCAAUCACACAAGCGGCAGUUAGUCUGCUGAACCAGAGUUGUGCCUUAUUAUGAGCCCUCAAGUCCUCUCUCAAAACAGUUGCCCUCUGGACAUGCAUUCAUUCCCUGUCAUCAAGCUAGUUUUUUUCCUCCGUAAGUCUCUGAAUAUAUUAUUUUGCAUUUGUCCCCAGUGACUAUCAUCUUGCUUUGAUGAUCUGUUCUUCUAAUUUCUUAAUGUUAUUUUAAAAUUAGAUUCUUGUUCUCUGAGGUGUUAGCAAUCCCACACACCUC